UCGUGGACGACGGGUGUGGGAGAGUAUCUGUGGGUGCCAGGCGCGAGGGGACCGGGAAGACCCAGCCGAGGGUGUGUGGAUUUGAGUCUACGCGUUUCUAACCCGAGAUCUCGAAAUGCAUCGUGAUUCCUGUCCGUUGGACUGUAAAGUUUAUGUAGGUAAUCUUGGAAACAAUGGUAACAAGACUGAAUUGGAACGAGCUUUUGGCUAUUAUGGACCACUCCGAAGUGUGUGGGUUGCUAGAAACCCUCCCGGCUUCGCUUUUGUUGAAUUUGAAGAUCCCCGAGAUGCAGCCGAGGCUGUCCGAGAGCUAGAUGGGAGAACACUAUGUGGCUGCCGAGUAAGAGUGGAACUGUCGAAUGGUGAAAAGAGAAGUCGAAAUCGUGGCCCACCUCCUUCUUGGGGUCGUCGCCCUCGAGAUGAUUAUCGGAGGAGGAGUCCUCCACCUCGCCGCAGAUCUUCAAGACAGAGAAGCUUCUCCCGCAGCCGGAGCAGGUCCCUUUCUAGAGAUAGGAGAAGAGAGAGAUCACUGUCCCGGGAGAGAAAUCACAAGCCGUCCCGAUCUUUCUCUAGGUCUCGUAGCCGAUCUAGGUCAAAUGAAAGGAAAUAGAAGACCAGUUUGCAAGAGGAGUGGUGUACAGGCAAUAACUUCAUUUGACAGGAGUAUGUACAGAAAAUUCAAGUUUUGUUUGAGACUUCAUAAGCUUGGUGCAUUUUUAAAAUGUUUUAGCUGUUCACAUUUGUUUGUCUCUUGGAACAGUGACACAUAAAGGUGUAAUUCUCUAUGGUUUGAAAUGGAUCAUAUGAGGCAUGUAAUAUCAAGAAUUGUUACUUUACAAUGUUCCCUUAAGCAAAAUUGAAUUUGCUUUGAAUUUUUAGUCUUGCAUAGACUGAUAAUAAA